AUGAGGCUAUGGUCCAAGGCUGCGGCUUUUGGAAUCAUUGGGUGCGAAAAAGAUGGUGUGUAUGUGGAUGCUAUAAAGGAGAUGGAAUCAAGGAACGACAUCUCUUCUGUUAAGCAGAGGAAGCGUUUUAGCCAAUUGAUUAAAAAGGAGAAAUUUGGUCUCUGCCUUGUUCAAGAAACCAAGUUACAGAAGGUUGAUGAGAGUUUUGUGGGGGAAAGGUUUAUUGGGCUGAACGUUCUGUGGAAGGGAGUUAAUAUUUAUGUUAUAAAUGUUUAUGCUGCUUGCUGUAUUCAAAGAAAGAGGAGAUUUUGGAGUGACAUGCUGAAUUUUAAGGAGAAGUUUCUGGAGGGUGAAUGGUGUGUUGGAGGGGAUUUUAAUGCAAUUAAAGUUGAGGCCAAAAGAAGGGGUUGUUCGAGAGCAGUUAAUUGUACUGAGAUGGAUGAGUUUAAUAGUUUUAUGAAUAGAAUGGAGUUAGUUGAUGUGGGGUUAGUUGGAAGGAAUUUCUCUUGGUUUAGUUUUGAUGGAACUUGCUGUAGCCGAAUUUGCCGCUUUUUAUUGACGGAAGGUUUGUUAGAUUUGUGGAAAGUGGAGAAUCAGGUGAUAGGGAGUAGGGAGCUUUCAGACCAUUUUCCCAUUUGGUUUAAAGGGAAUGUGCGUAAUUGGGGGCCUAAACCGUUUAAAAUUUUCAACGCUUGGAUGAAACAUGCUGAAUUCUACUCUUUUGUUGAAAAGUGUUGGCUUGAUGCACCUAUAAGUAAUAGAUUUAUUUAUCCUUUCAAGGAAAAACUUAAGUUUCUUCGUAGUAAACUUCGGGUGUGGAAUGUGAAGGUUUUCGAUCUUUUGGAUCUUCAAGAAGAGAAUGCUUUCAAAGAAUUAAAUGCUUUGGAUUUUGCGAUGAUGGGCGAUAAUCCGGUGGAUAUUGAUUCAUUGGCCAUCAAUCGUUUAAUGGCUUCAAAAAAAAUGUGGGAGGUGGUGCGUCAUAAGGAGAGUUUUUUACGUCAAAAGGCACGGGCUCUUUGGUUAAAGGAUGGUGAUUCCAAUUCGCGAUUCUUUCAUAAGGUAAUCAAUAGCCGUAAUAUAAGGAAUAAGGUUGAUAGUUGGAUAGAUGAUGUGGGGGUGGUCAAGGAAGAGGUUAGAAGGCAUUUCGAAAGUAGAUUUUCCGAAAAUACUUAUUCAAGGCCGAUUUUAGAAGGGGUUAAUUUUGUCGCCUUAUCGUCGGAUGAUUCUUUAAAUCUUGAGGGGAUGUUUUUGGAGGAGGAAGUGAAGGAUGUUAUUUGGAGUUCUGAUGGUGAUAAGAGCCCGGGGCCGGAUGGUUUUAACAUGGGUUUUUACAAGGUUUGUUGGCCGUUUUAA